UGUUCAUGGGACAUCAAGUUAUAUAUUAUUAAGUUUCAGUUUAUAUUUGAUUUGGUGAACUUGGUGGCAGGAGGGCUCGCAACCCUUGGUUCUCCCCAGUGUUUGAUGCACCCUGCCUGGGUACAAGUUUACCUGUUUUGAAUGUUAUUCCGUUUCGGACAGUCCCGCUAAAUUGGUCACGUCAAAUUUUUAUCAAGUUUUGUUUUGACCCAAACCAAAAAGGACGUCAUUGUGACAAUGUGUUUUUGCCCUUAAGUAUGUGGUUCGAAAGUCGGUCGAACUCUGGGCUUUGAUGAGUUGAUCUAUUGGUUUGCAAGUCGGUUGAACUCUGGGCUUAUUGAGUUGAUCUAAUGGUUUGCAAGUCGGUUGAACUCUGGGCUUUAAUGAGUUGAUCUAAAACUGCAGAAUCUAGUUGCAGCAUUGUGGUUUACUUCUGCCCCCCGCCCAUUGCGUUGACUGGGCUGAGAGGGGCAGAGGUGGUCCAUCCAUUGUGGGGCGUUCGCCCUGUUUCGCAUCUGCAAAAUCUAGUUGCAGCAUUGUAGUUUCUGCUGUCCCCCGCCCAUUAUAUAGACUGGGCUGAGAGGGGGCAGAGGUCAUCCAUUGUAGGACGCUGCUCUGUUUUGCAUUUCAAGGGUUGAGACAGACAGUGGUGUCCAUUUUGUCUGAGUGGAAAUUUCCACUUGGGCUUGCUCCUUGGCAAAUUUAGCAAUUUAGUUUGAGAACCAGUAGCGCCCGGAGAGGCUGCCUAGUUUAUUGGUUCGUACUUGGUUGUUCUUUAAGCGUGUCAGUUUGGUUACACGCCUUCAGUUACGUUACGUUUUCAACCCUUGCUGCCCGUGGAGUUCGUGGAGGCUGUCUGAUUUACAGGGCUAACUCCAACCGGCUCAUCUGGUGACGUAUACACAUGUCCUUACACCGGGCUCACUAUACAGCUGUGACAUUUACCCAGAGCGACAGAAACAAUUGAGCUGUCGAAUGGCUGCCUGGCUUGGACGGAGGGUGUGUACAUUCGGGGUUGUCGGACGGGCGGUCAGAGGGCAGUCAACAAGAAUUCAGACCUUUGGCCACAGACCAGCGAUUCUGACAGCCCAAGGACGACAAUUCAGUGCCAAGUCGGCCCGCUAUGACAACCAGCACGAACCCAGUCACGCUGUAGAUUUUGGCGACUCGACCAAGGCGUUUGUGACCAAGACAACAUGGGAGAUCACCAGGGCCGUGCUGGUGUUACAGAUGUGCACGUCUGACAUGGUGGUCGACAACAGUCUCAAGCUGAUGGAGGUCGGCCGCCGGAUUCUUGGCCAGACGCUGUUCGGUUAUCUGAUGAGAGCCACCUUCUACGGCCAGUUUGUUGGCGGGGACACACCGGACAAAAUGGCGGCAACUUUCAGCAGACUGAGGGAUGCCGGGAUACAUUCCAUGCCCCUUCUGACGAUUGAGGAAAACGUCGGGGACCGAGCACAAAUCGAGGAACGUUUCUAUGACAACAACACGCAGUACUACGUGGACACCAUCAGGAGUACGACCGACAUCCUGGCUCAACACGGUGCGCAUGCGCGACUCUUCCAGAUGAGGCUGACGUCAUUUAUGCAUGCCCAGCUGCUAGUGACAUUGAGCCAACAUCUGAUAGAACAUCCCAGUUCAACAGAGUUGUCGGUUGAGCACCUGUCUACAGGACUGUGUAAUGACAACAAGACCUUCCACUUGUCCUUCCUGUCCAACGAAGACAAUGAACAUCUGAGGAACGCCCUCUUGCGGUUGCACGCGGUCUGUCAGCAAGCGGAGGCCUGUAACGUGCGCAUGCUGGUUGACGCGGAGUACACGUCCAUGAGACCGGCCAUCACACGACUGGUGCUCGCCAUGAUGUACAAGUGUAACCGGACCCGUCCGCUCGUCUGGAACACAUACCAGUGUUACCUCAAGAGCGCAUACAACAGUGUAGUAGAGGAUAUGAAGCUUGCUCGGCAGCUUGGCUUCUGCUUCGGCAUCAAGAUCGUGCGGGGGGCGUACAUGGAGCACGAGAGGGCUGUGGCGAGACAGCAGGGAUAUGAAGAUCCAAUCCAUUGUACGUACGACGACACCGGUUCCAUGUAUCAUCGUGUGUUGGACGAAACGCUGCAGUUUGUCAAAGACAGCCAGGGGGAGCAGGUGGACGUCAUCGUCGCCACUCACAAUGAGGACACCAUCAAACAUGCAAUCAGGAGGAUGCAGGAGUUGGGACUCCAGAAGAACGACAGGCGUAUCUGCUUCGGUCAGCAAUAUGGGAUGGCGGACCAGAUCUCCUACCAUCUCGCUGGAGCUGGUUAUGCCGUAUACAAGUCUGUCCCGGUGGGUCCGCUCCACACCACCAUCGCCUACCUGAACCGGCGCGCUCAGGAGAACAGGACGGCACUGAGGGGGUUCCGCCAGGAGAACCGCCUGCUGUGGGCGGAGAUGGGCCGCAGGGCGCGCCACCCGCUCUCCUGGUGGAAACAUUGAUGCUUACAUGUACUGGGCACUCUCACUGCACUUGUGUCAAGCUUGCGUCACUGCGGGGUUUGUUCACUGCGUCACUGUGUUUUGUUAUUUUCUCCGACUUCAAAAUCUAGAUAUUGUGUAAUACGCAAAAGUACGAAUUAGAGGACGACAAAAUGCACAAAAAAUCGUUCCUUUUCUCUGAAAUUCGUUGAGUAUCUUUUGAACUCCGCAGUGACGCAAGCUUGACGCAAGUGCAGUGAGAGUGCACAUCUAGUGUUGUGGGUAACUGCACUUGUGGCGCCGGUGCGGCACUGCGGGGUUCGUUCACUGCGGCACUGUUUUGUUAUUUUCUCUAAUAUUUCAUAAUCUAAAUAUUGCGUGAGACGUAAAAUUGUGACUUGGAAGACAAAAAAACACAAAACGGAAGAAAAUGCGUACUUUAUCUCUGAAAUUCGUUUUCUACGAACCCCGCAGUACCGCACCGGUGCCCCAAGUGCAGUGAGAGUCCACCUUUAGCGUUGUGGUUAACUGCACUUGUGGGCCUUCCUCUUUGACCUGUGCAUGUGCAGUUGGAUCGGUGACUGGGCUUAUUUUCCCCAUCAAAUAGCCUCAAAGCGUAACCAUACAUUGGUUCAUACUGAGAAACAGAUUCUUCUCAUGAAUUUCAGUCAAUACUGCUACUAUUAUGUCCAAAAUAUGAAUAUAUAUGAAUGUAUAUAGAUAAACAUGACAUUACAAAUGAUCA